AAAUCACAUAAAAUCUACAAUUUUCUCAAGCGUCUAAAAAUAUGUUAAUGUCGAAAGACUGCUUGUUGUGUUACUCAUUUUCUGUAAUUCCUCGAUUAAAAGCUCUGUUUAACAAGUAAUUAUUGGCCUGAGCAUUUAAUUGUUAUGUUUAUAUGUUGGCUUAGUUGUCAUGAACUGUUCUGCUUUCUUCAACCUGAAAAACAAAACGAGAAAAUAUUUUAAGCAAGCAAGAUAUUUUAAUGUCUACUACAUGAAAUUAAAUGGUCGUUUCUGUCUCUCACAUUGUUGGUCAAAAAAAGUUGGCUUCUAAUGCUUAUAUAAUAAUGGGAUUUCCACUAUGAAUGGCCAGUCUGAUUCUUGUUAUGCGAAUCUACCUUUAUUUAUGCUUUUAUACUUUGGUCGUACCCGCCAAGUGGUGUGCAUCAGUGCAUUUACUUUGCGGGUAUGUAUAAAAGUUGAACAUGUCGUAAUACUUUAUAUAUUUUAUAAUAUUGCUGUAUUAGUAGUAGUGACCUAAUGUAGAGUGAGGAUACCUUUUCUUAGAUUCAAAGCCAAGUCAAACAAUACGACGGCAAUACCUUCCAGUCUUGAUCUGUAUUUUCUUCAGCAUUGAAUUAAAAUGUUCUUUUGCUGAAUUAUUAAAUGGAUAGUGAAUUGCACCCUUCUUAGAGGUCAAAUAUUCAGACACGGCCAAGAUGAAAGUAAAUAAUCUGUCGCUAAAAUUUUAUUAUCGCUAGACUAUUUGAUAGCCAAGAUUCAUUUAUUCAUUAUCUACAUAAUUUAAUUUUCAUGUAUAAUUAGUGACUUUGUCUAUUUUCUUAGUCAUGCACUCAUGUGAAAUAUCUGAAUACGAUUUGGAAUUACUUGAGAAAUUUACAAACUCAUUAUCCAAAAAUUUGACAUUUAAAAGGUAUGAUUUUUUUUGCGAGACUUUGCUAGUUGUAAUUAAUUAUGGACAAGUUGAAUUUCACGUAAAUAUCUACCCUUUGUAUUCCAUGUGAAGGUAGUUGGGUGAUUAAUGCAGAUUGAAAAAAAUUUGCCUCAUAGGGACAACCUAGCAACAUGAAACAGAGGCCAAAACAUUUCUUAUUUUCUAUAGGAUCUUCAACUUGUGCAUCCCAAUUUUUAUUUUUAUUUUUUAUUUUUCCCUCUUUUGAUUUGUUGCAAUUGAUUUCCUGUACAGGUCGCUGAACAAUGGGUGCUGGAGGCCGAAUGUCUGUCCCUUCCAAGGGCAAGAAGUCAAAAUCUGACGUCCUCCAACGAGUUCCACACUCAAAACCUCCAUUCACACUCGGCGAACUCAAGAAAGCCAUACCGCCCCGUUGUUUCCAGCGAUCUAUUCCCCGAUCUUUCUCCUAUGUUUUAUAUGAUCUUACCAUUGCCUUUCUCUUCUUCUAUGUUGCCACCAACUAUUUCCAAAACCUUCCUCAACUUCUCUUCUACCUAGCUUGGCCAGUCUAUUGGAUGUGCCAAGGCUGUGUGCUUACCGGUGUUUGGGUCAUAGCACAUGAAUGUGGCCACCAUGCAUUUAGUGAUUACCAGUGGCUUGAUGACACUGUUGGCUUGAUCUUACAUUCUGCUCUCCUCGUACCAUACUUUUCGUGGAAAUUCAGUCACAGGCGCCACCAUUCAAAUACUGGUUCCCUGGAGCGAGAUGAAGUAUUUGUACCGAAACUCAAGUCUGGAAUCCAUGGGUUUGCCAAGCAUCUGAACAAUCCACCUGGCAGAGUUCUCAUACUUCUUGUCCAGCUGACUUUAGGAUGGCCUUUAUAUCUACUGUUCAACAUCUCGGGGAGACAUUAUGAACGUUUUGCUUGCCACUAUGACCCUCAUAGCCCGAUUUACUCGGAUCGUGAGCGCAUGCUGAUCCUUGUUUCUGAUGCUGGUGUUCUAGCUGUCACUUAUGGGCUUUAUUGUCUUGUGGCAGCUAAAGGACUUGCAUGGGUUCUUUGUGUUUCUGGUGGUCCAUUGCUUGUGGUCAAUGGAUUCCUAGUUUUGAUCACUUAUUUGCAGCAUACCCAUCCUGCACUGCCACAUUAUGAUUCCACAGAGUGGGAUUGGUUACGUGGAGCUUUAGCGACUGCUGACAGAGAUUACGGGAUUCUGAACAAGGUAUUCCAUAACAUUACAGAUACUCACGUGGCUCACCAUCUGUUCUCAACAAUGCCACACUAUCACGCAAUGGAGGCAACCAAGGCAAUCAAGCCGAUUUUAGGGAAUUAUUAUAAAUUCGACAGGACACCAAUUUUUAAGGCAAUGUGGAGAGAAGUCAAGGAGUGUAUCUAUGUGGAACCAGAUGAGAGAGACCAGAACAAAGGUGUAUUCUGGUAUCGUAACAAGCUUUAGUUUUAGAUGAAGAAUAACUAUACAAAUACUGGAAGGGAAUUUCUAGGCUAUUGUUAGUGAAGAUUUUGCUUUCCUUUCUGGAUAAAUUAAAUUGGUCUUUGCUUGUUUUGUACUAAAAUCGCAAUAUUACUUUGGUUGAAUGAAAUUUUGGAUUGCACUAGUCGUUGAAA